AUGAGUACGACCUGGCGUGAAAACUAUUCCUUCCCGCGGAUUUUCAAGGGUCGUCGGGGGCGCACCGGACCCUGCAAAGGCCGUCAAGAAGAAAAGAGAACUCUUCCCAGGACCCCCGCCGACGUCUCCGCGUUCAGUUACGUUGCCGUGGAGAAUCCACAUCCAGGUGCCGGAAUGUUAACCGGCUUCCCUUUCGGCACACGGCGCACGAGGGCGCCUUUCAAACGGAAC